AUGGCUGGGAUAAAACAAACACUGGAACAACUCAACCACCGACAAGAGAGCAAUGAACAGUCUUGUAUUCUCGACUGGCUGUCUGCCGUUGAUUACACGUUGCAGCAGAGCGAUCUACUCGGUCGACGACAAGCAGGAACUGGGCAAUGGCUUCUCGCUUCGGAAGAAUAUGAACAUUGGCUUCGAACAGGCCGAGCCACCUUGUUUUGUGCAGGAAUGCCGGGUGCGGGAAAGACCAUCUGUUCUGCAAUCCUUGUCGAUGAUUUGAUUACGCGCUUUGAUGAUAACCCAGAUGUUGGCAUAGCCUACAUUUAUUGCAACUUCAAUCGACAAGAUGAACAGAGAGCUCAAGACUUGCUUUCAAGCCUGUUGACGCAAUUAUGCAAGAAGAGAACAUCUGUUCCGGAUGCAGUAAGGGACCUCUACAAGCGCCAUAAAACUGCAUCGACGCGUCCACGAUUCGAUGAAAUAUCGAAAGCCCUGUAUUCCGUUAUCUCCAUGUACUCUGAUGUUUUUAUCAUCAUCGAUGCCCUCGAUGAGUGUGAAACCACUUCCCGUACGAGAGUUUUGGACGAGCUCAACAAAAUUCGUGCCAGGGCUGGAGCAAAAGUCUUCGCUACGUCGAGGCCUACGGAGAUAGAUAAUUUGUUCAAAGGGGGUGCCUUUUUGGAGAUCCAGGCUCACGAGGACGACGUUAGACGAUAUCUUGAUGGUAACAUGUUUCGGCUCCCGGGAUUUGUGAACCGAAAUACUGCAUUGCAGGAAGAGAUUGUGACUGUAAUCUCACGCCAUGUACAGGGAAUGUUUCUCCUUGCACAGCUUUACUUCGAGUCAUUGAUCGGCAGAAGGUCAGCUAAAUCUACUCGAACAGCUCUGAAAGAGCUCUCGAAGGGGUUUAGUGACUAUGCAUACGACAAGGCUUAUGACACCGCGAUGGGCCGCAUUCGGGGGCAGUUAGGAGAGCAAACUGACUUAGCGAUGCAAACUCUGUCCUGGCUUGCAUGCGCAAGAAGACCACUCACUUCGUUGGAGCUCCAGCAUGCACUUGCAAUAGAGGAAGGCGAAUCUAGCCUUGAUGAGGAGAACUUGCCGGAGGUCGAAGACAUCCUUGCUGUGUGCGCUGGUCUUGUUACCGUUGAAAACGAAAGCGGCAUAAUUCGACUGGUUCAUUAUACGACGCAAGAAUACCUAGAGCGGAAGAAAGAUUCACUCUUUCCCAGCGCCGAAAAUGAAAUCAGCACGUUGUGCCUCACUUACAUUUCCUUUGACACAUUUGGAUCUGGGAUCUGUGAAAGCGACGAAGCGUUCGAAGAGCGUUUACAAUCCUAUCCAUUCUACACUUAUGUGGUACGCCAUUGGAGCCACCAUUUAAAAGCUGCCGGAACUACGCGUUCUGAUGUGAUGCAUUUCUUGAAAGAUCAGGCAAAACUCGAUGCCUCAGAACAAGCAAUCCAUGUCAGUAGGCACUCAAUCCCAAAUGAUUGGAGCCAGAAUUUUCCAAGGCAAAAGACGGGGCUGCAUCUCGCUGCAUACCGUGGAGUUGAGGAAGCAGUAUCCUACUUUCUUGAAGAUCAAUACACGGUGGACAGCUGUUAUAAUGGUGGCUGGACACCAUUGAAAUGGGCAAUUUCAGGAGGUCAUGUGAAUAUCAUUCAAUUACUUCUUGCACAUGGAGCUAAUCCAACCGGGAAUAGCCAUGACUACAGCCCGCUGUCAUGUGCUGCAGAUCACGGAUAUGACGAUAUUGUCAGACUUCUUCUUGGAUGGGGAGUUGACGUUGAUACCCCGUGUGGAUGGAAUGGAAGUGCUCUGAUUGCAGCGUGCGACAGAGGCCAACUGAGCACUGUGAGGAUUCUGCUCAGCAGUGGCGCAAAUAUCAAUGCUGAGAGUGAGCUCCUCGGCAGUCCUUUGGAAGCUGCUGCUGUAGCGGGUCACUGGGGACUGGUGACUCUCUUACUUGAGAAGGGCGCCAAUCCCAAUUCUCAAGGAACCGAGAUUGAAACCGCUCUGACAUCAGCAGCAUUACAGGGCCAAGAAGAUAUCGUUAAAAUCUUGCUGAAUCAUCACGCGGAUAUCAACCAACGAGAAGGGGCUGCUCUCUUGGCGGCUUGUGGCAACGGGCAUGAGCGAAUAGUUCGAAUACUUCUGGAGAAUGGUGCCAACCCGAAUACAGAAAACGGAGAAUACAGCAGCCCACUGGUAGCAGCUUCGAUGAACGGAAAUCAGCAAAUAGUGCACAUGCUACUCGAAAGCGGUGCCAACAUCAAUGCGGACAGUUACCUGGGUCCAGCAUUAGUUGCUGCUGCAAAAAGGGGGAAAGGCCAUAUAGUACAUGUGUUACUCGAAAACGGUGCUGACAUUCAUGCCCGUAGUAGACUUCAAGGAUGCGCAUUGCACGCAGCUGCUUUCCGUGGAGAUAUUCAGAUUGUCCGAACGCUGCUCGAUAGGGGUGCUGACAGCACCAUCCGUGCUGGUGUUUACAAAACACCACUACGAGCAGCAAGGAUAGGAGGUCAUCAUGAGGUUGCUGAGCUUCUCAAAAGACACGGGCAGCCGUCAAAGGCUUGA